CCACCAUUAGUAAUAAGCCACUGAAAGUAAUCGAUAAACUUAUUCGUGAUACUGGAUGUAUGAAUCAUUGGGCAACUCUUAAAGGGGAAUCCUGCGCGUUUCAUCACGAACUUUUGUGAAUCACUUUUUAUUGAGAUUUGAUCAAAGAAAGACUAAUUCAUUUCGACGUUUGAAUAAAUCUAUGGUACCAAGCGCAAUGGAUAUCCCAAAGUUAACAUCCAAAUCGAUUAAGAUAGAAAGUCCAUUUACUUGGGACUUAGACCUAGAACAAGUAUGUAAUUUUCAUGAAGAAGAAAUAGAGCUGUCUCAUUGUGAAGAGUCACCUAUCUUACGGCUAAUAGAGAUGAACACACUUGCGUACAUUCGUUGUAUGCAAAUGAAAUUUGUUGCUGCUGAAGAAUUAAUAGGAGAAAUUGAUGAUGUUUGGAAGAAAAUGUGUAAAAGUGUUUCAGAGCAAAGAUAUUAUUCGGUUGAUGUUCUUGCACAUGUAAAAGAUGCAACAGCUUUUUGCAUUUAUUCAAUGAUUAGAAAAAAAGAACAAGCAAGAGCAUUAGAAAUGAAAAUGAAAGAUGCCAAGAAUUUCAUUUCUGAUAUAGAGAAGGGAACAUUAUUUGGAUCGCAGGCUAUAGCUUCAAGUCUAUUUUUUGAAAAAAGUGCUAAUAGAUCUUUCGAAUUAGCAAAAUCAGCUUCAUCAUGUGUUCCGAACUGUGCAUUAUGGCACUAUUUAACUGCUAAGUGUCUUAGAAAAAAAAGACGUUAUCAUGAUUUUUGUUUAAUUGUUUCUAAUGAAGAAGAAACCGAAUUCUUAAAGUGUUAUGAAUUAUCACCAAGUGAUCACUAUGGCAUUUGUGUUGCUAGAAUGUAUAAAGAGAGUAAAAAUUGGAAAAAAUCUUCAGAGAUAUGUAAUGAAAUCUAUCUGAAAAACCCCAAUGAUGUGAGAGUAAGAUUACUUCUUGCCUUGUUUUUCAUAACUCAAAAGGACUUUAUUAAAGCUAAAGAUUGUUUAGACUAUGUUGGAAAAUUAUUGUCACCAGAGAAAACACCUAAAACUUACUAUCAUUAUCUGGCAAAAUAUUAUGAAGAAACUAAUGAUUACCCUAAAGCCAAAGAAAACUAUUUGAAGGCUACUGGUGGAACAGGCAAUUUCCCUGCUGAUAUGGAUUAUCUCAAUCUGAUUAGAAAUACUUCACAAUCAAAGUUUGAUUAUGAAAUUAUCAAACAUCUUAAAAGUAUGUUGAAUAAAUAUGAAGACAACCAAAAUCUUGUUACACAUAUAUUGUUAAAUUUAGCUGUUAUUUAUUUAUUUGAUGCUAAAAAUUAUAAGCUAGCAGCUGAUUAUUUUUUAAAGGCUAUCAAGACAAAUCCUUGUGAUCCACAAUUAGAGAAUUUCCAGACACGUAUUAUAAGUAAAAAACAUUAUAAUAUUUAUGAACUGAUCAGAAAAAACAUCUUAACUGUAAAUAAAAAUAAUUAUGGUAAUGCUUUAAAGGACUUGAAAAAUUACUGUACUGAAUAUAAGAAACGAAUAGCAAAGACCAAUGUUUCAGAUUCACUGGAAACAAAGUUUGCUGAAAAACUGUCACUUGAAAAUUAACAUUAUAAAAAUGUAGUCAAGUGAAUAUCAAAGCAGAAAAUGUGAUAGAUUAACCAACUUUUGUUUGUACAAUCUCUGCCUGUCAAGGUGAAAAAAUGCUUUGCUGAAAUAAUUAAGAUACACACAAAUGUAAAUUUUACAUUUUCCUAUGACUCUAUCCUUAAAUUAAAUUUUUUUGUUGUUUUUUAAAUAUGUUCCUUGUAAUUGAGUGUAGUUUUAUAAAG